CCCAGAGUAGCUGAGCUGAGGGGGACAGCUGACAGACGAGGCGCUUCCUUCAGGAAAUACUGGACCAUCUGAAGACAACAGCGGAGGGGGAGGACAGGGAGGACAGGGGGGAGGACGCGGGAGUCAGCUGAGGAGAAAGUUCACAGUUUGGUGGACAGACUCUGCUGAAUGAAAGCAGCAUGGCGGGGAAAGCGGAGAGCCCGCUGCAGGACUCCUCAGAGUCGGACUCUGAUCCGGAGGUUGGGCCGUGCCGGGCCGGUCCGUCCUCCGGUCCUCCGCCCCGCAGCCAGGUCAUCCACAGCGGACACUUCAUGGUGUCUUCGCCGCACAGCGACUCUGCGCCGCGGAGGAGGAAGAGCGGUGGAUCCCUGAGAUACGACUUUGACACGGUGAACAGGACGUGGUGCCAGACGUAUCGGUACGGGCCGCUCAGCUCCGGCAGCCUGAGCAUAGACCCCACCCUGACCCGCCUGUUCGAGUGCAUGUCCCUGGCCUACAGUGGUAAGAUAGUCUCUCCCAAAUGGAAGUCUUUUAAGGGUCUGCGGUUGCUAUGGAGGGAUAAGAUCCGUCUCAAUAAUGCGAUCUGGAGAGCUUGGUUCAUUCAGUAUGUGGAGAAGAGGAAGAACCCAGUGUGUGGGUUUAUCUCUCCACUGGAAGGCUCAGAGGCAGAUGCACAUCGAAAGCCUGAAGCAAUUAUAUUGGAGGGCAGCUACUGGAAGCGAAGGAUUGAGGUGGUGCUCAAAGAGUAUCACAAGUGGAGGAUUUACUAUAAGAAGAGGCUUCAGAAAAAGAAGGAUGAUAUUCUGUCAAUGCUGCAAGAGGGUCAGAUCUGCCAGGCCAAACGUUCCAAUCAGAUCCACCAGGAGCCUGAAGCUGCCCCGGUGGAGGCCCACAUGUUUGACCUGGACUGCCUUCUGUCUGACAUCUCCGACACCCUGUUCACCAUGACGCAGAAACCAUGUGCCUGGGCAAGUGACCGACACAACACAUACACCUGCAAUGCUGAUAUUAUUCAGCCUGGUCUGACUCCUCUGCAGCCCAACCUGGAUGAUUUCAUGGACAUACCAGAUAUCUUUAUGAACUACCGGGGCCAGCCCACUGACCAGACUGCUUUUGCUGACUGUGGCUAUUAUGAUAGUUUGUCCAGCACAGCGUUUGCUCCAGGUCCCUCCCCUGUGGUGACAGAUCCUCAACUGAUGAUCGACACCCAGCUCGCUCAGCCUAAUCUAGCAUCCAACAAUUUGCCCUCCACAUCCAAUACCGAGGCAGACCAGACCAGACCUGGCCAGGAUUGCAGUGAAUACCACACAUCCCCCAUCAUAUCAAGAGCUAUGCCAUAUGGACAUCAGUCAUACCAAGAUGCACCUGCUUCUAUAGCAUUUGCCAGCAGCACCGAGCAGCCGGACCCUGCAAGUGUUCCUUUUUUGUACCCACUACCAUGCCACAAAUAUGGCUACUACACAACACCCAGCAUGACCUCCACUGUCAUCACUCACACUGCCUCCACCAUGGGAGCUCAGGGCUCUGUUCACCAGACUCAUGGCUACCCUCAUGCGGGGGACACAUACUCCCAGACUCCCUGUCACUCUCUCAGUUACUCAGCUGCUGUAUCUGACCUGGUCCAAGCAGCCCUGCCCUCUGUCACCACAAGUCACUGCUUCUCAGUCCCAGAGCAGGUGGCUGUUACAGGGGUCAGAGGGAAGCACAAGCAAAAGACAGGAGGACUGAGGCCAACUGGUCCCUGUGCAAUGCCAUCCAGCCCUCCAUCUACUGCCCCUACAGCCACUAGCUGCCUGGCUAAGCUGCUCUCCUCAAGUACCCAUGAAAGAAAGCCAGCAUUAGAAUUUGAUACUGCUUUAGCAACAGCCAAAGGUCAAAGGUCGUCAUCUCCCAGCUCCUUGCAGACAAGCAGCGGCUCACACGUUGGUGCAUCUACAUCACAGCUGCAGUAUGGAGCUGGUUGGCCUGAAGGGAUCCCAGCAUUGACACCUCUGCCCUGCCUGAGCGCCUCCCUGGGCCACAGCGGAACACAUGGCAGCGCCUCCAGAGGCUUGACAGUGUCGGCCCUCCUCGCCCACGGCUCCACACACACCAGCACAACUCUGCUCAUCCCCAAGACAGAGAAACUAUCACCUGUCCAACUAUACAGCACAGACAGAAGCAGCUUAACCGUCAAUUUCCCAGCACAUCCAGGCCAAACAUCACCACCAAACCCUCUAGACAAAACCUCCAACCCUGAGUCCCCACAUUCAGGCUUCUCAGGACAUGGAAAAAUAGAAUCAAGUAAGCAAACAGAGACCAGGAGGAUAACUCACAUCUCAGCAGAGCAGAAGAGGCGUUUCAACAUCAAACUGGGAUUUGACACUUUACAUGACCUUGUGACAACACUGAGCUCUCAGCCAAGCAUAAAGAUCAGCAAAGCCACCACACUGCAGAAGACCGCUGAGUACAUUAGUAAGAUGCAGCAGGAGAGAGCUCAGCUGCAUGAGGAGGCUCAGAGACUCAGAGAGGAGAUCCAGCUGCUAAACUCUGCCAUCAAUGCGUGCCAGCAGCAGCUACCAGCCACCGGCGUUCCCAUCACACGGCAGCGCUUUGACCAUAUGAGGCAGAAGUUCAGAGAGUAUGCCCGAACCCAGACUCUGCAAAACUGGAAGUUUUGGAUUUUCAGUAUCAUCAUUGAGCCACUGUUUGAGUCCUAUAAUGGAAUGGUGUCCACUGCUAGUGUUGAGGAACUGUGUCGAUCCACUCUGUCCUGGCUGGACCAACACUGCUCUCUGCCUGCACUCAGGCCCAUGGUUCUGAGUUCACUCCGUCUCCUGAGUACAACCACGGCCAUCCUGACGGACCCCAGCUUACUGCCGGAGCAGGCCACGCAUGCUGUCACGCAGGGCGACCCCGUUGCUGCCCUGGACCACUCCUUACAGCCCACCGCUCAGCAGUAACAUAGACCCCAUGUUGAAGAACAGCGGAAAACCAUCAUAAGGCACAAGAGACUACAAGUCAGAGGAAUGAUUAAUAAAGACUCAGCUCAGAGACUGCUAAUAGCGCAGAAUCAUAUUUCCGAUAAAACUCUCCAACUGCAAAAAGAAUGUAUUUUAGUACACUCGAGAAUCAGAGGAGAUACUGUUAUUUGAUCAAUGCUUAAAAAUAAAUGUAUGGAUAGCAUAGAGUAUAGGGGGCUGCACAGUGGCUUGGCAGUUAGCACUGCAGUCUUGCAGCUACAAGAUCCUUGAUUUGCAUCCCAGCCUGGGCCUGGGAUCUUUCUGCAUGGAGUUUACACAUUCUGCCUGUGCAUGUGUGGGUUUUCUAUGGGUUUUCUGGCUUCUUCCCACAGUCCAAAAAUAUGCUGAGGUUAAUUCUAAAUUGUCCAUAGGUGUGAAUGCGAGUGUGAUUGUUUGUCUCUUUAUGUAGCCCUGCGAUAGACUGGCGAUCUGUCCAGAGUGUCCCUGUCUUCACCCUAAGUCAGCUGGGAUACACUCCAGCCCCCCUGUGACCCAAAUGAGGAUUAAGCGGUAUAUAGAUAAUGCAUGGAUGGACAUAGAGUAUUUGUAAUAUAAACUCAUUUCUAGGCUUCCAAUAUUUUUUUCUCUAAAGUUCACAUAAAAGCCAUGAUGUCAUUUAUCCGUUACAUACAUGUUCAAUUCAAUUCAGUUCAAUUAAAUUUUAUUUAUAGCGCACCAGUUGCAGUUCAGAUUGUCUCAAGACAUUUUACAGAACCCAUGUGCCUAAACCCCCAGAGCAAGCCCUAAGGUGACAGUGGCAAGAAAAAAACUCCCCUUUAACAGGAAGAUACCUUGAGUAGAACCCAGCUCAUAUGGGAGGACCCAUCUACCACUGGCCAGCCAGGUUGAGAGGGACAGAAGAGGUAGAGGAGGUGGUGGUGGUGGUGGUGUCUAUAGUACAUACAUAGGUAAUGAGAGAAGGGCUCAAUACAUCGAGAGAGGUCCACCAGCAGCCUAGGCCUACAGCAAUAACUAGGGGCAAGGAACUAAGGAACGUCUGAGAAGAAGUCAGUUGUGCCCCGUACAUGUCGACUCCAACUGACCCACUCGGGGUCACCCAAGUCAGCCCUAACUAUAAGCUUUGUCAAAAAAGAAGGAUUUAAGCCUGACCUUAAAAAUAGACAAUGGGUGGCUUAGAUCAUAAUGUUUUGAUCCAGUCCAACACAAAGAGACAGACACACAUGCUCACACAUCUACUGCCAUUUUAAAAUCACCAUCUAACCUACCAUGCAUGUCUUUGGCCUGUGGGAGAAAACCUAGCAAAUGUAAACACCACACAGAAAGGCCUCAGCAGACCAGCAGGUACGAGCUUAAAAAUGUAGACAACAGUGCCAAUCACUGUCCACUGUGCUGCUCCAUUAUAACUGUGAGAAUGACUUCAUUUUAUACCUAUAUAUUUCUAAAGUAAUUUGAAGAAACCACCUGCAUUUA